CGAGUUUGAGUUCAUCUGACAACUUUGCAAAAUUUGCAGCAAGCUGACUUUUCGGUGCCAGAUCUUCCAAUUGAACUAAGAAACAAUUAUCUUGUCUUAUCAAGGAUAAGCUCCUAUUUCUCAUAAUUCUAUAAUUUGGACGGUGUUAAUCAGAUACAAGACUCAUUCAUUAAACAUGACGAACAGGGAGGUCUGCCUCCUGUGUUUACAAGUUAUCGACGACACGGGAGAGAAACACGCACAAAAAAUCAGGAUAGAAACCAUCUAUAAAUUAAUAACAACGUGUCAUCAAAGUUACAAAUUUUCUCAGCACGAGUUUGACGAGGACGAAGUGUGUGACUUUUGUGCCGAUUGUUAUCCUCGGAUAAGCACAAUGGAAGAAAUUAGAAGGAAAAUCUCACUCCUGGAGCAGGAAAUUGGAUCGAAAAUGAAGCAAAUUCAGACAAUCAUUGGUGAAAGUUCCUCCUCCUCCCACUUACAUAAUAAAGAGAAGAAGAAAAUUCUACAAAUUCGUGACAUUCUUCUCCGUGUGACAGUAGUUGAAAAUGAGCAACGGGACGACAAUUUUGUUGAGGCCCAAGUCAAGUUGGGCCACAUUUUUCCAGACGAGCAAGAGGUUCACGUCAAGGAGGAGGAGUUACAAAGAAACCAUUACAGCGUUGACCUUGACCCUCUCGCAGACCAAUUCUUUGAUGAUGACAUUAAUUCCUGCUCUGAGCCAAGCAUUGUAAAAUCGGAGGAAGAAGACUUCAUCAACGAUGGAGAUGAAGAUGAAGAAACUGCCUUUUGCAUUAUUCCACUUCCUCAAACCAACUCGACAAAACGCACUCCUAAACGCAAACGAGAAGAUUCUUCUCUUCUUCGAAAAGCAAUUACGAAAAAGAAUAAGAUACAGCCCGAUAGAGCCCCCACCCCUGAGGCUUCUACGCCACGAUUCUCACCCCGCAUUAGGAACCGAAUAGCUUCACCCACACGUGGUAAAAGUCUUAUGUCUUCCCCCAAAAAUAUUCAUCCUGUUAAAACCUCUAACUCAAACUCAGAAUCAUCAGACGAAGACGAUACAACACGUGACAGCGAUGAUCCAAAUUGGUCUCGUAAAAUUGCCCCCAUCGCGACUUGUGAUGCCAUUCGCCCCUACAAAUGCACCAAGUGUAACAAAUCUUUCCUCGUGGAACAUGCCCUUACGGGCCAUACCGCGCGGUCGCACGGUGUACCCUGCCUCGUACCGUUAUGCACCGCCAAGUUUCGCUCCAUGCGAACGAGGGACGCCCACUUGAAAACUGACCACGAUGGUCUUGUACCUAAUCAAUGUCGGAUUUGUAAAAACAAGUUCAGUUGGCAAGGCGGCCUUGCUAUGCACAUGGUGAUGCGGCACGAAAAAGGAGAAAAGAAAUUGUCCUGCGUUAAGUGCGAGAAGAAAUUCUGCCUAGAGGAGAAUUUGGCGAGACAUUUGAAACUGCAUGAUGUCGAGGGGACAAAACCCGUAGUUUGUGAGGUGUGCGAUGACCGAUUUGAGGACGAGGAGCGCCUUAAGAAACACAUGGAACUGAGAAGUCAUUCCAGGCCGUUGGAGUGUACUCAAUGUCCGCAUCGGUGCAAAAGUAAUACGGAGCUUGCAAGACACUUGAGGACCCACACAAGGGAAAAAGCUGACAAAUGUCCCCACUGUGACCACGUUGCUGGCGGCAUAUACACGCUGCAGCGUCACAUCGCAAUCGUCCAUACUGCCGGACCUCCCUCGCAUACUUGCCACAUUUGUGGGAAAGGGUUUUAUCUUCUCGUCGAUCUUAAGAGCCACAUGAUUUGUCACGACGAGACGCUUAGAAAGAAAUGUGACACGUGUGGCGAAACAUUUUCAGGAUUGAGCAGCUUACACUCUCACCGUAUCAAGGUGCAUGGCCAGGCUCCGCUCGUUUGUGAGGAAUGCGGAGCUACUUUUACAGCACUGAGAGGAUUUAGACAACACAAGAAAAUCCACGUGGAUGGAAAAAGGCAUCAAUGCCAGACUUGUGGGGCCUGUUUUCUCAAACCAGAUGGUCUUAAGACUCACAUGAGAAGUCACACGGUCGAGCGACCAUUCCCCUGCCCCCACUGCGAUAGGGCCUUCAAGUCGGGGGAUAACAUGAAUAAGCAUGUACUGGCUAUCCACACUCCCGGCUACGUCGUCCCCACCCCGUACAAAUGUCCCCACUGCGACAAAGCGUGUCGAUCCCCUUUCAUCCUGAAAUGUCACAUUCGCCAAGCGCACACGGGAGAGCGCCCCUUCACCUGCGACCAGUGCGCAAAAGGCUUCGCGGUUAAGUCGGCGCUAACCCUGCAUUUGAAAACGGCCCAUGGCGUCGUUCCGGAGAAGACAGACAGGUUGCCAAGGUCGAAGAAGGAUGCGUUUCAUCAUAUAGAAGAAGACAAUGAAUAAGUUAGAAUUUGUAAUUUUUACUGUUAUUGUUAAACUUUAAUUUGUAUUUUCCUUAAGCUAAAUAACAAAUUGGCAUUGUCAUUUAGAUAAUGGUAUCUACUCAUUAUUAAGGUCUGUUGAAAGCAUAUUGUAAAUUAUUAAUUUGCAAUUAAAAUAAAUUUAUUUGAAAUUACAUUGUCAUGCCAGCGCUAUUUAGAUACAUAUGUGCAAGCACAUUACGUAAUUUCUGAUGAAGCUAAACAGGAAUAUUUAUUUGCUUGGAAAAUAUUUUAUUGACAUUAAAAUCUAUGAUUAUUUG